AUAGUUCUACUCCACAGAACGCGCGCAUCGGCCCUCCGCAAGCGGCCAAAUAACUGGCGGUCGGCUCACCUUUCUUACACCCAGGAGUCUACUUUUGAUAUCCGUUCUGUAAGUUGAUUCUUUGAGUUACAAAUGUAGCUAGCUACUGUUAGCUUGUUGCAAGAUGAAAGAUGUACAAGGCUGGUGGGAAGUUCCAUCUAUUUGUUAUUAUUGUUCGCUGCUCGGGAAUGCUUUUGGAUUACCAGACUUUACAAUCGAGAGGCUAGAAGAGGCGCUGUCCACAGAGGAGGAGGAUGUAUUGCUAACUGAAAUGUUCACGACACUCACUCAAGCCAUCCUCCCCGAGGCAGUGGAUAAAUCGUGGCGGGAGAAGGUGGCGUAUCUAUUCAGUGACCGUGGCAAGAGUAACCCUUUCGAGAAAUCUGAAAUUGACAAGACCCUGACCUGUUGGGAGAAGUUGGACAUUCUGUACAAUCUCUGCGAGAUGAGGAUGGAGUGUGCUGACGUGAACGGGAUUAUUAAGACCAUUGAAAAGUGGCAGCUGAAGACCCUGCCGAUUGGUGAAGAUUCAAACGAGAUGCUUUACUGGUACUUCUGUGGCACUAGGAUUUACAGACAAGACAGAAGCGUGGAACAUCUUGAAAGAAAAUCAGCUCGGAGAUCAGUAAAGAGACAAAAGUCGACCUCAUCUCCUGCUCUAAUCGGAAUGAACGGACUAAAGAAGUACGCGUACGAAACUCUUCUCAAACUUACUGAUACUCCUAGGAGCAAUCUUAUCAAAGAAGACGAAGGACACGAGCACUGGACAGUAGCGACCAGUUCCCACCACCAGACCCAACUGUUCACAGCCCGGUUUGAGACCAGCACGGAACCUGAGGAGGAGACUCUGUACAGGAACCUUGUUAAGGUCGUUCUUCCCAAGAUAGACAUCGUGGUAGCGGAACAGGAACGUAAGGAGAUGCUGGCAGGAGAACGGAAAGGGCUGACUAGAAGUGGGAGGAAGGUAGUUGCUCGGUAUAAGAACGGUUUCGUCGCCUCCGCUGAUCAGGAGUCGUCAGACAACAAAUCAGACCCGUCCCAAAAGGAGAAGGAGGACCUCUCAAAGCGGCAGAGCAAAAGAAGGAGAACCCAGCCUCCAAGCAAUACUCCUGUCAGAAGGAGCAGCAGACACAACAGUGACAUCCUGUCUCCAGGAAAAAAGGAGAAGUCUAAAGAGAGAGCUACUCCGGCGAGAGCAACUAGUCGGACAACGAGACGUUCCAGUAAACUAGAAGAGUUCACCGAGCCACCCUCGACUGACACUGAUGAUGAGGUGGAUGAGAACGAGGACGAAGAGAAUGAUAAGGAAGAAGAGGACGGUGCUGAGGAAGAGGAGGAACCAGAAAAGAAAUCACCAACCAAGGAAAGACCAAAACAGGUCCGGAAACCUGGUACUACCCCAGUUCGCAGAAGAGGACCAGGAAGACCUGGAGUUAUAAGGCCCACUAUCAGAGACCAGAUAGCAGAGGCACUGCUGCUUAGGGAUAAGGACAGGAAAGGGAAAACUAAACACCUUCCCACUGGUGAAGGAGAUCCAGAUAUUGUAGAUCGCUUAUCGGACGUCAUGGCAACUCUGACUAGACAUCCAGAAGCGUGGCAAUUUAAUGAGCCAGUCAACGAGGACUUUGCUCCUUACUACUACACGUUAAUUGAGAAUCCCAAAGAUUUCAACAUGAUAGAACGAUCAGCGAUUGACCGACAGUAUAAGAGUGUUUCAGAGUUUGUGGACAAUAUCAACCUGGUCUUCACUAACUGUUACGACUACAACGGUCCAAUUAACGAGUACACGCGAGCAGCAAGGGUGCUGGAGAAGUACUUCCGGAGGCUGAUGAGAGAGCUGUGUCGUGAGGACUACACGUUUGAUGGACACUCUGUCAUUUACCCUGGUAAGAGAUUGUUUGUAAACAGACACAAAAGGAUUAAAGCUCUGAAGUUGGCUGGCGUUAUUGUGCUACCCCAAAAAAGUAAACCUUCAUCCCAAGACGAUAGUAGCAGGGAUUCAAAUACCGGUGCCUUCCGUCCCCCGGAGGAGAUGAAAACAGUAACGACGGAUCAGAAAAGUCCACUGUGACUUCUACUACAAAACCUAAACGGAGAUCGGCUAGUAGAAGGAAGAAGACCACCGAUCAAGAUCAGAGUCCAGUGUCGUUUACUGCGCUGUUAUCUGAGGGUGGCCCCCAACACUACCCGGCUCCUCACCAUGGUUACCCAUAUCAUCCUGGAUACCCACCCUAUUACUAUGGUUACCACGAUCCGUACCGAGCUGGGUACCACUACCCUCCUGUAGACAACUCUGCUCCUACUUACAUCGAGUUAUCUCCGCGACCAAUGACGCGGAAGCGCGUGCCGUGCAAAAACGACGUGGAACCCCUGCUGUUCCCGCACCUUCCUAAAUCGGUGUUACCAAAACCUACCCUCACUGCCAACAAGAUUCCUGAGGAUUUGAUACUACGAGAUCUGGCUGCAAAUCAGCCGAGCCAGAUCAACAGUAUAGACAGCACUACUACACCUCCUGAAAAGAAGGAGGAAGAGGAGAAGAAGGAGCCCACUAAGACAGCUACCUUGCCCGCUCUAGAGCCCACCAGAGAAGCUGCUCCAGACAGUACCAUCGUGGCAAACGGAGACAAGGAAAAUGGCGAGGUGCAGACAAACGGAGAACUCCGGGUUAAUGGGGAAGGGGUGGAAGUCAGUCUGAACAACGAAGCAGUUCCUAAGAAAUCCAAAGACUCCUCUGAAGCAUCUGCUAAGAAAGUGGAAACUAAACCAGCUAUACCAGCAGUUCCCAAAACUCCGCCACCCGCCUCAAAACCAGCGGAACAACCAGUUCCAUCACCCACCAGCAACACGGCCCACUACCAGCAAUCCUACACUAACGGAGGUUACUACGGGCAACAACAUUACCACGGUUACUACUCCGGGUACUACGGACAACAACAACAACAACACCCGGUGUCAUACAACCCUCAUCACACCUACAACAACACCCAGUACAACAACGACCCUUACAACCAGGGUUACCACCACCCUCCCCACCAGGGGUACCAGUAUUAUCACCACCAGCACCAGCAACAACCCCAGUAUCACCAGGUGGCACAACAACCCCCUCACCCUGCCCAGUAUCAGCCCAGUCCCUUACUUGGUGAACAGGCGCUCUACGUUUCCAGAUCCAAACAGAUCACAAACACGGGACGCUCACGAGCCAGACAACCCCGAGCUAGAAGCGGGACUCCAAGCAAAAGGAAACAGGCACCCCCUUCACCCCUCAGUCUGGAUGUAAAUAAGGACGUGGCUAACCGAGCUAGUAAAGAAGGUACCGAAGUUGAGAAGAUUUUACCCCCGACCCCUCCAAAAGAAACAAAGAAGCAGAAAAAAGUAUUCGACAUUAGAAUACCACCCAAGAAACGCGUACGCAGUUGACGAAGAUAAUGCAAUUAGGACUGUACCAGUUUUAUAGCCUCCAGAAGAUACUAUCUCAUUACAGAAGAUACUAUCUCAUUACAGAAGAUACGAUCUCAUUACAGAAGAUACGAUCUCAUUUCAGUACUCGCAGCUUUACUGACAGAGUAAUUUAGCAGUAUUUGAUUAACAUUUACGCUUAAUCGUAAAUUUAAAUGAUUAAAUUUGUAUUCUUUAAAAUGAUGGUUUAGGGCUAUAAUAAUAGUCAGCAAGUUUAUAAUGUUUAAGGCAGGGAAGGUGUCACCAUGGAUAUGGGAGACGAAGUCCUGAAUAGUUGUUCACAGUUUACAUAUAGACUAAUAGACCGUUAGGUAAGUUUUUACAUUUAUGAAUAGUUAAAGUUUAGAGGUACUCAGAAAUAAUAAAUUAUAUUUGUCAGGUAUUUUGUUUAAGUUGAGUAAUAACAAUAUGAUUAUCAUGUAUUUGUAUAUGAACUGAACAUUUUCUUUUACGUCAGGAACGAACACACUUCAUCAUAUUGUGUGAUCCACUGUAUUAAUGAAGGUUAAAGGUUAUUAAUGAAGGUUAUAAGUUAGGAGUUUUGGUUAAUAAUUAAUUAAUUGAGAGAUUUGAUAAACAAUAAACUAUUUCUUACAUGAUAUUUAGCUGUUGAGUAAUUUAAGUAAGUUAAUGGAUUUUCGGUUACAUUUUUGACGAUAAAUUGCAGCAGUAUGAAAUGCGGCCAGGAUUACUCCAAUUGUUAGGUGGUCGUUUUCGUGUGGCAGGGACACUAUCCAAAUUUGUCACCAGUUUAAGGUACAUAAUUGUCUCGGAAGUUGCCCUCAACCAAGCUGACAUGUUUCCUUAAUAUUACAUUCCGUACUAAAGUUAGUUUUUAUCAUUUGACCUUCGGCCACUAAAUAUAAAGAUGCACACUAUAAACAAUAAUAUACAGUUUGCCACGAAACACAGUUACAACAGGGACUGUUUCUGAACAUUUUUUUCAUUUUAAAUCAGAACUAUCGUGGUUUUCGAAGAGGCCUCGGUUUAACAAUUUCAAUAAUUGAAUUUAAAACCACCCUUUUUUACCACGCGAUUCUGCGAUCAAUCUUCGUCUUUCGGUGAGGACAAUUAUUAUCUGUCCAGUCUAUAGUCUUGCAACUAUUUCUGACCUACUGUUAUAUUAAAAUCACAUGGUAUGUUGGAAUUACCAACACAAAUCCGUUUAUUGACAUAAAGGUUUCGAAUUCUAUAUUUGAAUACACUUCAGUUACAUUGAUAUUAAAUGUUUACAGUUACUGUUAUAA